AAAAUUUAAAAAGCAUGUUUGAAACUAAGAAAUAAUUCAAAGACUUGUAUAAAUUGUGUUUAAGAAAAUCCCCUUUUAAAAAUAUAAAUUAUGAGAUAAGAAAACAUAUAUAAAAAUAAUUUAUUAUACUCACUCAAACCUGUAAGAAUCUGUUGAUUACUCCAGUCACAGCCAACUGAAUUUAUAUGAUCAUCAUUUUUCUUAAGUUUCAUUAGUCUAUUUUAAAUUAUUGUUGAAAACUCAUUGCAUUUUAAAAUGAAAAUUAUAAAUUGUGUUACAAUUGAGUGCCUGAUAUUAAUAUUUUUAAAUAUUAUGUAUUUUGUAAAUACUUCAUUAGUUCUUAAUGAAAAUGACUUUGCAUUUGAGGAAGGCUCCGGUUUCGAUACCGAUUUAAAACCUGUAAAUAAUUUUGACACUCAUGUAUUAUCAUAUAAACCAAAUGUUGCCAUCAUGGAAGAAACAAUAAACUCUAUAGCUGAAACCUUCAAUCAACUGGAACAGAAAAUAAGCAGUCUUAUCAAUCAUAAAAUGGAAUCAUUAGAACACAAAUUUCAGAAAAUAAUGGAAGAUAAAGUAACAAAUAUGAAAGAAAUAGUGGACGAAAAAAUUAAAAUGAUUGGUAACAGUAAACCCUCUUACAAUGUGCAGAAAUUGAAAUGUUCCGAUAAUCGUUUACCCAAAAGUUGCCAUGAUCUAAAUGAAUGUAAUAAUAAUAUCUACAGUAUAAUUUACCUGAAAUCAGCAAUAAAUCGUUUCCCGCUGUAUGUGAUUUAAAAUCUCUAAAUGGUGGAUGGACCAUUAUACAGCGGCGCCAAGAUGGUUCUGAAAAUUUCUUUAGAAAUUGGACAGAUUACGUAGAAGGAUUCGGCAAUUUAAAUGGCGAAUUCUUUAUAGGUUUAGAAAAACUUUACGCCCUUACCUCACUGGAUGAGCCUCAAGAAUUAUAUAUAAGUUUGCAAGAUUUUGAAGGUGAAACACGUUAUGCUAGAUAUGGAAAAUUUAAAGUUGAUUCUGCGAGUACAGAUUACACGUUAACAGUGGGUGAUUAUUCUG